AUAUUUUUACCUGAUUGUAAAGGAACUUUAUUCAUUUAUGUACGGUGUAAGAAGUAACUGUGUUUAAAAUAGUGCUUUCAAAUCUAAAAAUGAUGAUUAUUACGUCUACAUUUUCCAAAGGACUUAUAAUUUUCUUAGUGUAUUAUCUCACGAUAAUUUCAAUACUAACAAGUAAUGAGGCUGCAAAGAGAGAAAAUGUUAUUACUGAAAGAUUCAUCACGAUUACUGGACCAACACCCCAAGACCUCUUAGCCCAAGAUAAUGAUAAGGAAUUUGAAGAAAAGCUAGUGGAUGGAGAAUUCCUAACUGAUCAACAAAUUGAUCUAAUUAUGGGUUCAAUACAACUGGGAAUAAAACAUGAAAUUGAACGCAGACCUCCAAAUCCCGAACUCAAUUCAUUGCCUGAUGAUUUUAAGGUCAUUUCAAAGAUGACGUUUGAUAAUUGGCGUGAUACUAAUAACAAUAUACAAUAUCCAGAUUUUUCUUUUUCCACAUACGCUCCACUUACAUUCCAUUAUUUCAGACGCUUAUUCGGCAUUAACCCAAAAGAUUAUGUUGCCUCGUUUUGUAACUCACCUCUUAAUGAACUGGCCAACCCGGGUGCUAGUAAAUCAUUAUUUUACCUCACACCAGAUGAUAAAUUAAUCAUGAAAACUGUACAGCAAACCGAAGAUGAAUGUUUACUAAGGUUACUUCCUAGCUACACCACUUAUUUGACUGACAAUCGGGAAUCUCUGUUGCCAAAAUUUUCCGGUUUUUAUAAUUUUCAAUCCAAAUCAAUAGACAAUAAAUUUGUAUCUAUGAACAAUUUACUACCUUCUAACAUAAAAAUGCACCAAAAAUUUGAUCUGAAAGGUUCGACUCUCGGUAGAAAAGCUUCCGAUAGUGAAAAAAAAAAAAAUUCACCUACAUUCAAAGAUUUAGAUUUUAAUUGCGAACUUCAUCCUGAGGGUAUAUUUUUAAAGCAAGACACUCGCUUAGCUCUUCUCAAAGCAAUAGAAAAAGAUUGUAAAAUACUAAAAGAUUUUAAUAUAAUGGAUUACAGUAUUUUAAUUGGCGUUCAUUACAUCGACCGUGCUUUGAAAACCGUUGACAAAACUUUACAAAAAAAUGACGAUUUAAAGGCGGCAGCUAAAAGGUGGGAUAGGUUGAUGACUGAUUCAGUAGGGGAGAAAAGUAUUCAAGUAGAGGCUUGGCCUGUGUCAGAUGAAAAUGAUGCUUCAUUAAGUGGUAGCAUACCUGCUAUGAGUGUCAAUGGUGAAAAAUUAUUACUAUUUGUUGGAAUUAUUGACAUACUACAAACUUUUCGAACAACGAAAAGUCUAGAGCAUAGCUUGAAAUCAUUUAAAUUGAAGAUUACACCUGGUGUGACAGAAACUGCCAACUCUUUUUCUGUACAACGUCCCGAAUUCUAUGCCUCUAGAUUUCUUAAAUAUAUGACCAAUUCUGUCUUCAAGUCAAUGUUGUCUCCUCAAGAACUUCAAAAACUAUCCGAGCAACAAGUCGGCAUACCAUUGUCGAGUAAACGAGGGUGUACUAAUAUCGCUUCGAAUAGUCACAAACUGUUCAAUUAACCCAAAACAAAGAUGAUGACAACUAUGAUGAAUAAUACCUAUUAAUAUGAUCAUACUGUAUUGUACUAAUAAUUGUAGAUCUGAAAUUUAGAAGCACUCUUCGGAGUUCAUUAUCAGUUUAUUUUUUAAUUUCGGUUUUAAAGUCCACAAACAACGUUUGUUUCUUGCAGAAAAAAUUAAUUUUAUGACUUAAAAAGUUAAGAAAUAUAAUUACAAAACUUUGCAACUGUAUUGUAGUCCGUUUGACGAUAUUUGUUCUUAAUUUAUGAUACUGUUAUUUUUAUCGAUUUCCGUGUACCUACAUUAAUAUAUACGUAUAUUUAUUUA